CCUAGUCAGCCUCCCUCUGGUACAAGUCAUGAUUACCUCAACACCCUCUCUCUGUAUCUGAAUCUCUUUAUAACAAUAAUAGCCCCAUCAUCCUCUUACUGCAAAAAGCAAAAACCGAAAGGCAGACACACACACCCACUGCCAUUUUCAACCGUCCUUACCAUUCUCUCUACUCUGGGGAAAGAAAAAAAUGGGUGACAAAAAUGAUGAGUUGGGGUUGAGUUUAGGUCUGGGUUUGGGUUAUGGAGCCAAACCGUCUUCUUCUUCUUCUUCCUCAUUUCACUUGAACCUCAUGCAGAACCCAGAAACUAAUCAUCAACGAGUUUUUGGGAUUUUUGGAUUCACCGAUCGAAAUGCGACUUCGUUUCGGCGAGGAAUCGACGUGAACCAGGCGGCGGUGGGGGAUUUCGAGGACGAAAACGGCGUGUCGUCUCCGAACAGCACGGUGUCGAGCCUGAGCGGGAAGCGUAGCGAGAGAGGCGAAGACAACGAGGCGGAGAGGACUUCGUGCUCGCUCGGCGGAAGCGACGACGAGGACGGCAUUGGCGGCGGCGACACGUCGAAGAAGAAGCUCCGCCUCACCAAGGAGCAGUCUCUGCUGCUCGAGGACAUGUUCAAGGAGCACCAUACCCUCAACACGGUUAGUGUCAAUUCGAGGCAAAAGCAGGAAUUGGCACAGAAGUUGAACCUGAGCGCAAGACAAGUGGAGGUGUGGUUUCAGAACAGGAGGGCAAGGACUAAGUUGAAGCAAACAGAGGUGGAUUGUGAUCAACUAAGGAAGUGCUGUGAGAAUCUGACAGAAGAGAACAGGAGGUUGCAGAAAGAAGUGCAAGAGCUGAGGGCACUCAAGCUUUCGCCACAGUUCUACAUGCAAAUGAACCCCCCCACGACUCUCACCAUGUGCCCUUCAUGCCAAUGUGUGGGUGUCUCAUCCUCAUCCUCAUCCUCUGCUAGUGCUACUACUGCUUCCUCCACAGUUCCGGCAACCAGCCCAACUGGCCACCCAGUGCAGCCAACUAUCCAUCGGCCUGUUCCAAUCAGCCCGUGGGCCACAUUGCCGAUCCCGCAGCAUCGACCAGUUGAUGCACCUGCACCUGCACCUCGGUCGUGACAACUUUUAGGGCAUUAAGAAAGCUGAUGCCUUUAGAUUGACAUUUUGGUCAUUAGGAGGUAAUGGGUGACAAAUGUAUAUGGAAAGGAAGGGAACUGGUAGAAAAUAUGGCGGGGGGUUAGUUGUCAGGGUAUGAUUUUGUUGGAUGAAAACCCCCACCCCCUUGUUACUUUGUUCUUCUCAAUUUUGGGCUUUUACUGAUUGGUAUAGCCAAAAUUAUAUAAGUGAGAUGGAAAUAGGGUUUGGUGGAUAAGCAAGAAAGUGAUGUUUAUAAAUGCCAACUAGUAGGUGUAGAAAUGUAGGAUAAGUUAAAUGGCACAAAAGAGUCUGAACUUGUCCAUCAAAAGGGUGAUUUAAAAGCAGGUGAACAUUGAAAUUGACCA